CAAAAACACAAAUCCUACGAGCACGCCCCACGGCUGGCAAUUCAACAAAGCCCUGGCCGAGGAGGCGCGCAACCAAGUAUGCGCAGAGAACCCUAGUCGAGACCCAUGGACGGCCCAACCAAUCCAUACAGCACACGUUAUGCGUGUCGGACAAGUAGGCCCUUGAAUUGAGACACUAGCUGGGAUGGAAUCGUUCAAAGAGUUCGUCGCCAAUCAAGUGGCUGUCGAAGCAGCAGAGUCUGAUUGCGAGAAGACUGGACCGUCAGCAGGCAAUGGCGUCAAUCAGGCGGACUUUGAAGAUGACUCGAAUCCGUCUCGAACGGUUGGUAUCCACGAGUCUUCCCCCGAGGUCAAGAUCAACUCUGAGGGAUCAGAAUUUCCGGAGGAAGUUGUACCGCAGAUGUAUCCUCUCCUGUCAAACAACCCUCCAGAAUCACCCCCACUGGCGCCAGGAAAACGAGAUGAAGAGGAUGACGAUGAAGAACUUAACCUCUCCAAGUCCUUGAAUAGGACCGCAAGUCCAUCUCCGGUCACCUUGAAACGUAACAAAGGAGCUAAAGUUGGCAAGGUUGGGGAGGAAGGCGUUAUCAGAAUGCACAAAUUUACACUGCAUGAAACGGCGAAUUAUUAUUACAUUGUUGGCUCAGACCUGUUGGAUUCGGCUUUUCGCAUCCUGAAGAUCGACCGGACGUCUGAACUCGGCGAGCUGAGCAUUACUGAAGAUGACAUCGUCUACACGAAGAAGGAGACGCAGCAAAUCCUCAAUGCGAUCGAUGAGGGCAAUCGAGCAACAGGCGGACUCAAGAUCAAAACUAGUUUCUGGGGCUUGCUCGGCUUCAUCCGUUUUACGGCUCACUACUAUAUGAUCUAUGUGACGAAGCGAAGUCAGGUCGCUAUGAUUGGUGGCCAUUACAUCUACCAAAUCGACAAGACAGAUAUGAUGCCUUUAGUGACAGGGGCCUCGACAAGACUCAAGACGGACAGGCAUCUCGAAGAGGCUCGAUUCAUCGGCAUUUUGGGAAAUCUAGACCUCACCAGGUCUUUCUACUUCAGCUAUUCAUAUGAUGUUACCAGGACCUUACAACAUAACAUCAUGCGUGAACGCCAGGCACUCUACGAUGGCCUUGCUGAGCCGUUGAAAUGGGAUCACAACGACAUGUUCGUCUGGAACCAUCACCUACUCGAACCGGCCAAACAAGCUCUAAAGAACCCGUUCGACUGGUGUGUAUCGAUAGUACAUGGCUAUGUCGACCAGAGCGCUUUGUCCAUCUAUUGGGGAAGGGUGGUGUAUGUGACCAUCAUCGCCCGUCGCUCACGGUUCUUUGCCGGGGCACGCUUCUUGAAACGCGGCGCAAACGACCUGGGAUAUGUGGCCAACGAUGUUGAAACAGAGCAAAUUGUUUCGGAAAUGCUGACCACUUCUUUCCAUGCUCCUGGUCCGGUGUUGUUCGCGAACAACAAAUACACUUCAUAUGUCCAGCAUAGAGGUAGCAUACCUUUGCACUGGACACAGGACAGCACCGGUGUUUCACCCAAACCAGAUAUACAUCUCAGCGUGGUGGACCCAUUCUUCAGCGCAGCAGCUUUGCACUUUGACAAUCUCUUCAAACGAUAUGGCACACCUAUAUACGUCCUCAACCUGGUCAAGGCCCGAGAACGAACUCCGCGAGAGUCCAAGCUACUAAAAGAGUAUACCCUGGCAAUCAACUACCUCAAUCAGUUCCUCCCUAAGGACAAGCAGAUUCUCUACCACGCUUGGGAUAUGAGCCGAGCCUCCAAAAGCCGCGACGGAGACGUCAUUGCUAGCCUCGAAGCAAUAGCGGAAGACAUCUUGCCCAAAACCGGCUUCUUCCAGAACGGCGACGACGAGAAAACCGGCCUCAAACUCCAAAGCGGUGUCGCUCGCACCAAUUGCAUCGACUGCCUUGACCGCACGAAUGCCGCACAAUUUGUCAUAGCUAAGAAAGCUCUGGGCUACCAGCUUGAAGCUCUGGGUGUGAUGGAAGGCACAUCCGUCCAGUAUGACUCGGACGCGAUCAAUCUGUUCACACACAUGUGGCACGAUCACGGCGACACGAUAGCCGUGCAAUACGGCGGCUCUCACCUCGUCAACACCAUGGCGACAUAUCGCAAGAUCAAUCAGUGGACGAGCCAUUCUCGUGACAUGGUCGAAAGCUUCAAGCGAUACUACAACAACUCCUUCAUGGACGCCCAACGACAAGAAGCGUACAACCUCUUUCUGGGCAACUACGUCUUCGCUCAGGACAAGCCGAUGCUCUGGGACCUGACGACAGACUACUAUCUUCACCACUCGGAUCCACGAUCCAUGUUUGGAAAGCGCAGGCCUAGCUAUCGUCAGUGGUAUACGUCAGAAUAUCUUCGCUCGCCGUCCAUGCCCCCUUCGAUCUGGCCGAGAGAACUGCGCGAUCGACCAGUCGAAUACUUUGACGACUAUUGGGUGGAAUACUACCGGCCACUCGCCAUUUCGUCUUUCAAAAAGCUCUUCUCAUUCAAAAUGCAUUCAAAUCUGCGAUACAUUCCGAUCAGCUCGACAGCGUCGGGCAAAUACGACUUCUCGCCGUUCAAAGUACGCACAGCCAACGAAAGCGAUGGCGAGGGUCAUGGCAAACAUACAGCACGCAAGGGCGUCAAGAUCGUCGCACCGUCAGAUGACGCGGCGUCCACGGUGGGGACAGAUUCCAUUGCAUCCACUGUACCUCAUUCAGCCCUCGAGCCAACCCCGGCGCCCAAACCCAAUACUCUUGGACCGUGGCUCGACGCACAGCAACAAUUACACAACACUCUCCAACGACGGCAGUACACGGGCAUCAUCAAAGAGCCGUCCUUCGAAGUCCAGUCUCCAUCCGUACCGAAGAUCCCUAAACUCCCCACUGCGACGACAAGCGACCUGACAAACAGCUCGCUUCUCCAGCCGACGAAAGCCGAACUCGCAUUGCAAUCGUUCGCGUCUCUCGUCACGAGAUCGCUCGAUCCACAGGCCCGCCAAGCAGGCGAGUACCAACGCUACGUGACACACCCGUCGAAUAUUCCGCUCGUCGUGUCUUCGGACAUCGACUACUCUUCUGCGCCGCUCGAGUUCUUGGAGUAUCUGUCGAAAACAACCUCGGACCCAGCUGAGCAUACGGUCUUGCGCCACUACGACGACGAGCGCGGCGCCGUGAGUUUGACCAUGGACGAACGCGCCGAGGCCAGUCUCGACGAAUACACCGAGUAUCUUGCCAGCGGAGCCGUGGAAAAUCCGUUGACGGUUCUGCAUGAAGAUGGCGAGAAGAAGAGGUACAAGGCGUACAGAAAGUGGUUGAAGGGGAAGAGCCUGUUCAAGCAGAGGCCUGUCGUUGGCGAUGAUGUAGACGCUCUGUGAAUGAUGCGGGUUUGCGUUUUGUGGCGGUAUGAUACCCUGAUAGAAUCGACUUUUCCUUGCUGCAUCGCGCGUUGUUGGUGUAUUUGCAGCGUUCGAUGCGAAAUGAUAUGCUCGGCAC